AUGAAUAAUUACAAAACUAAGAAAGUGUUCUUAGACCAGGGAUCUGCUGCUGACAUUAUUUAUGGUGAUGCGUUCGAUCGUUUGGGUCUUAAGGAGUCAGACCUAAAGCCUUAUCGAGGAACUCUAGUAGGAUUUACAGGCGGUCGAGUGAGCGUACGAGGUUAUGUAGAAAUCCCAACUGCCUUUGGCGAGGGAGAAUUUUUCAAGAAAUUUCAACUCAAGUACCUUGUUAUCGCGAGUCGGGCAAACAACAAUGCCCUGCUUGGACGGGAUACGCUCAACAAGUUGGGUGCAAUAAUCUCUACAAGUCAUUUGACCAUAAAAUAUCCAGCAUGUAAUGGAAAGAUAGGAAUUCUACGUGUUGAUCAAGAAGCAGCAAGAGGAUGUUACCUCAAAAGUGUGGCCCUCUAUGGGAAGAAAGCCGCCAAAGAGAGUCAUAGAAUCACUGGAAUUUUCACACAGGAAGAUCUUCGCCCUCAGCCGCUGGAAGAAACAAAGUCAGUAAGAGUCAAGGACAAGAUAUUAAAAAUUGGAAGUAGAUUAUCAAAAAAUCAAGAAGACCGGUUGAUCACCCUGUUGGGCGACAAUUUGGAUCUAUUUGCCUGGACAAUCAAUGACGUACCUGGAAUAGACCCAAGUGUAAUCACUCAUAAAUUGGGCAUACGCCCAGGAGCGAAACCAGUUAUGCAGGCACGGCGGCGAAUGAGUGAGGAGAAAGAUAAGGCGGUGCAAGUAGAGACCAAUAAACUUAUGAAGGCUCUGUUUAUUCGUGAAGUACAAUAUCCAACAUGGCUAGCCAAUGUUGUGAUGUUCAGGGAGGCUAACGGAAAGUGGAGAAUGUGUACCGAUUAUACGAGUUUGAGCAAAUUGGAAGAAACAUGGAGGUGUAUGUUGAUUGUUAAGUCUCCAAUGGCCGGGGAUCAUGGUGAAGAUCUAAAGGAAGCCUUUGCUCAGUUAAGAAAGUACAGCAUGAAAUUGAAUCUUGAAAAAUGUUCCUUUGGAAUUCAAGGGGGGAAGUUUUUAGGAUUCAUGAUAACAUCAAGGGGAAUUGAAGUAAAUCCAGACAAGUGCAAGGCGAUUUUGGACAUGAAAAGCCUAGCUAAUGUCUGA